AUGCACAAAAGAGCAUAUAGUGAAUCACUUGGGUUGAUAACAGACGAAUUGAGAAAAAAAAACUUAAAAGAUAUAAAAUAUGAAAUAAAGGUAGAUGAAAAAAAAAAAAAAAAACUAGAAAAUGUUGUAGUAAGGAUUCGAAAAUUAGAACAAAAUGAAGAAAUAACUUUACAAACAGAUCCAAAAGAUAAAACAGCAUUAUAUUUUAAAAAAGAUUUUGAAAUUGAAAAAUAUACCUUUGAUUUAGUAUUUGAUGAAAAUGAUAAUAAUGAAUCGAUUUUUAAUCAAAUAGGUGGCCAUGAAAUAAUUAAUAGUGUGUGUAAAGGAUAUAAAGAAACUAUAAUAACAUAUGGCCAAACCGGAAGUGGUAAAACAUAUACAUUAUUUGGGUCUGAAAAAGAAUAUGGUAUAAUUUAUUAUUUUGUUUAUCAUCUAUAUAAAUUAUGUAAUAAAAAAAAUUAUACAAAAUGUUCGAUAUAUUUAAGUAUAUAUGAAAUUCUAGGGGAUACUUUAAUAGAUCUUAUGUCAUAUCAAAAUGAAAAGAACAUCGAGUUUUAUACAGAAGAAUAUUAUUUGAAAACUAUAAAAUAUCCAUACAAAGUUGUGAAUAUAAAAAGUUAUGAGGCUGCCAAAAAAAUGAUUGAUGCUGCUUGUAUGUUGAGGAAUGUUGAAGCCACUUCGCAAAACAUGAGGUCCAGUAGAUCCCAUGCUAUUAUUCAAUUUUUUGUCAACAUUUCUGAAUCCACUAUUUCUAAUAAUGUAAAAACUGUUAAGGAUUAUUAUGGUGUUUUAACUUUGGUUGAUUUGGUUGGAUGUGAAAGGGAAGAAUAUAAUGUAAAUAAAAAUAUAAAUAAAUAUGAAUAUAAAGGAGGGAACACAAAUGAUAAAACAUCUGCUCGAGUUUUAAAUUCAUCCCUUUCCUCUCUUAAUAAAAUGCUCAGAAAAAUGCAGAUGGGUAAUUUGGAUGAAUCAGAUAAAAGACAAAGUGUUUUAUGUAAAGUCUUAUUUAACUAUAUACAAAAAACAUGUGGAGUUUGUCUCAUUUUUUGUUUUAAUCCUACUCUAAGUCAAAAAAGUCUUACCAGUUCUACUCUUACUAUGGCAAACGAAUGUAAAAAAAUAAAAAGCAAAAGGAAACAACUAUUUUAUGUUAAUUCUGAAAGCCGAGAAGCAUUUUUCAAAAAUAUAAAAACCGAAGAUAAUACACAUGCUCAUUCUACAAAUAAUAAUAAUAAUAGUAAUAAAAAAACGAACGCUACGAAUGAAAAUCAAUUUCAAGAUAUGAAACUGAAUAGUGUUCAUUCCAAUAACACACAAAAAAUGGAUAUACAUAAUUCAGAUAAAGACGAUAUUAAUGGUAUAAAUGAAAAAGUAAACAUUCGAAACAAUUCUUCAAUAUUUAUUUUAUAUAAAAAUGAUGAUAAUAAUAAAAUUAUAAAUAUAACAGAUAAAAAAAGUGAUAAUGAAAAACAUAAUCUUUUAAGAAAUCUUCUACAUGAAAUUGUAGAAGAAAAAAUGAUAGAAGACAAAAAUAAUAAAAAUACUAUUGAACAAUUAAAAAAUGAUAUUUCUAAAUUAAAAAACGAAUGUAAUUUUUGGAAAAAAGAAACAUAUAAUUAUCAUAAUAAAUUAAAAAUGUUAAAUAAAAACUAUUUAAAAAUUAAUGAGUUCCUUUUUAAAACAUUGAAUAACAAUUCUAUUAAUAGUACCAAUAGCAAUGACACAAAAAUGAAUUAUAACAUUCGAAACAAUAGCAACUCACCAAAUAGCUAUCAUAACUAUUCUCUUAAAAAUUAUCCCAAUGAGGCACGCAAACACGAGAAAAGUCAAAGCCUCUCAAUCAAUUUGAACAGGAAAUUUUGUGAAGACAAUAAAAAUAUCCUCAUUAGUCCAUGCACACAUAAAAAAGAAGCACUUGAUAUUGAAAAUAGCUAUCUAAAAAAAAAAAAUUCAAUUUCAUCUGACUCGUUCAGAACAAAAAAAAAUUUAGAAAACGAAGAAAAUUCUUCGAAAAAAAGAGAUGGAUAUUCCAAAAUAAAUUCAGAAAGACAUAACUUAAAAAGUAAGCCUAUAACAGAAAUUUAUCAAAUAAAUGAACAAGGCUUAGAAAAAAACUCAUUCUACAAUAAGCAUAGGUCUUUUAGCGAAGCAUAUAAUUAUGAUGAGAAAAAAAUUGCGAAAUAA